CCUACAAGACGGGCGUGGCUUCCACAAAGACUAGGCGAUGGAUGGGAGAUUUCAGGAAGAAAAAAAUCCGUCAAGAUCAGAUAUAAGAAGGAAGACGAUCAAGGUGUUUGUGUGAGUUAUCUAGAAAGCCAGACAAAACGACUAGGUACACUCAAGAGACUGCCUAGCCAUCGAUGUGUUAGUUGCACACCUUUAUAUGUUAUGCCCGAGUCAACAACGGUAUCCUCCGACGUCGCAGAAUGACCGAACGAAGGAAAUUUCACAAUGCAACAUGGACAGUCAAGUCACGGUGAACGUCCCUUCUCCGCAGCCCGAUGCAUGAUAAGAUAAGAUAAAGAUAAUAUAGAUACGACCGUAAUGGGUUCCUUUUUGCUUAGAUAAGCAAGAGCUUAUCGCUUCAGCUACGUAAUCACGCAAAGCUCUUACAAGGGUGAGCUCCUCAUUCGGCUCCACGCUCUCAUCAUCAUCCAUGUCAUUGACCAGUGAGAACGCCGAACUCGCGACCGAAGGGAACCGAUCGCAGCCCGUGUGCCCUUCCAGAGAACCCAAAGCUCACCGUCGGACGGCGAUGUCUGCGCUCUAGCUUUGAAACGUCGGCCGAUAAUCUAUCCGGACCGUCUGUCACCUUCUUCAUUGGGUAAAGGACCUGGCCAUGCGACCUCAUCCUUCGGGGGUCGAAUUCCAUGCCUUGAGUUAAAUAUCCAUCUUCUCCCUCGGACCCUUCCACCUUGGCUCCUUCGUCCCCAAUCCGUUUGCCCAACACCCAACCAUGGUCAAUAUGGAGUCGGAGAAGAGCGGCCUGUUGCCGCCGUACAGCGCCGCGGCCGUCACGCCGCCUUCCGGCCAACGCCCCUCACCACACCAUCGCAAGCGGUGGGUGCGACCUAGCCGCAGCAUGAAGCUUAUCGUCGGAUGCCUCGCCUUCAUUGCGUUUGCCCAAUGGAAGCAGCUGUCCCUUCUGCCCAGCCGUCAGUCGUCUAGCAACCUGUCCGCCGACCGCCUGCAACAGGAUCUGGCAACUUGCGCCAAGCUGAGACACAAGCCGCAGGACCCAAUUGGUCUUGGUCGCGAGAAGAACGCUCGUUAUGUUGACGGUCAGCGCCCGACGCUCAUUCGGAACGCCACGAUUUGGGUUGGUGAGGCUGUCGAAGGAACCUCCCCGGAAGAUGCGCGUGCUGGCAAGGGUUACUCGUGGAUCACCGCCGACGUUCUGAUCGGCCAGGGCCUUAUCCAAAAGGUCGAGGCCGAUAUUUCCCUCGACUCUCUUCCUGAGGACAUCCAGAUAUGGGAUGCCAAAGGCCGUCAACUUACCAGUGGCAUCAUCGACAUGCACUCCCACGCUGGUGUUGGCGCUCUACCCGAGCUCAAUGGCAACCAAGACGUUAACGAGCUUUCCGCCGAUAUCACCCCUUACGUUCGAUCCAUCGACGGCCUCAACCCCCUCGACCCACAGAUCCAGGUCAUCAAGUCUGGUGGCGUCACCACAUCCUUGGUCCUGCCGGGCUCUGGUAACAACAUUGGAGGCGAGGCCUUCGUUAUCAAGCACGCUGUUGGCAAGGCUGACGGCCGCACCGAAUUUUCGGCCGAAGACAUGUUGGCUGACCCAGACCGUAACUGGCGCUACAUGAAGAUGGCAUGUGGAGAGAACGCGAAGCGUGUUUAUGGAAAGAUCGGCCACGGCCCUUUCUCCCGUCUUGGCGAGAGCUGGGAGUUUCGUCAUGCGUUCGAGCAAGCUGCGAAGCUUGUGCAAGAACAAGAUGACUGGUGUGCUGCCGCCGACAAGUUUGGCGUUGAAAGCCAGACUUCGUAUCUGCCUCAAGACCUAAAGUGGGAGAGCUUGAGUGCUGCAUUGCGCGGCCAAGUGCACAUCAACACUCACUGUUACACAAUCCCUGAUUUGGAAGCAUUCGUGGACCACACCAACGAGUUCAAGUUCCCUGUUCGCGCGUUCCACCACGCUCACCAAACUUUCCUCGUUCCCGAGAUCUUGAAGCGAGUUUGGGGAGGUCGCCCGCCCGCCUCUGCGCUUUUCGCCGACAACAUGUACUACAAGUCGGAAUCGUAUGUAGGCUCUGAGUACGCCGGCAAGAUCCUAUGGGAGAAUGGCCUUACGCCCGUCUAUGUCAGCGACAAUCCUGUUCUGAACGCCCAACAUGUUCUUUUCGAGGCUGCCAAGGCAUACAGAUACGGCCUUCCCUAUCAUGCCGCACUGUCGAGUGUGACAUCUGCACCUGCUGAACUUCUUGGUCUCGGUCAGCGCAUCGGAAAGAUCAAGCCCGGGUUCGACGCUGAUAUCGCUGUUUGGGACAGCGAUCCACUCAGUGUCGGUGCUGCACCGGUGCAAGUCUGGAUCGACGGAGCCGCCCAGUUCUCCGACCCCUUUGAACUCAAGAAGCCCCUGACCGGGCCCAUCUCUCCUGACCCAAAGCUGUCAAACACGACAGAGGAGACAACGGAUUUGGAAGAAGUGGUCUUCACUGGCGUCUCCAACGUCUGGCUCUCCGACGAAGAUAUUCGCACGGGUGGCGACGAGACUGUCAACGUUGUCUUCGCCGACGGUGCUAUCAAGUGCAUUGGCGCCUGCGCUGAAGAAGUAGCAACCGCCAAGUCUGCGUCGAAGAGGGUUAUCGACCUAACAAACGGCCACAUAACCGAGUCUUUCACUGCCUUUGGCUCUUUGAUUGGUCUCAAUGAGAUCGACAACGAGGACGACACGGACAAUGGUCGCAACCCUACCGGCUUCAGCCGCGGUCUUGACGGGCUUGUCCUGGACAACAAGAAGCUGCAUGUGGCCAAGCGGUACGGCGUCACCAGGGGCAUCUCGGCGCCUAAGUUCACCGGUGGUUUGACACACUCCGGCACGAGUGUCGGCUUUAACACUGAUGCCCGGCACGCUCUUGAAAAGGGUGCUGUCUGGAGCGAGGAUGUGGCAGUUCAUCGCACGCUGACGCUGGCUGCCAAGAGAGGCGACAACCCCUCCAUCUCAAGCGCUGUUGGAGAGCUCCGACACAGCCUCUUGGAGGCGGUUGCAACCAACGACACGGGGUCAGACCCGUUCUCGGAAGCUGCCUACCUCAAGAAGGUUGUCAACGGAGACCUUCCCUUAGUCCUGACGAUUCACAGUGCCGAUGCUAUUGUGGCUGCGCUGCGAGUUAAGGCGACGGUCGAGGAGGCUCUCGCUGCCAAGCGCCAGUCCACAGAAUCUACCAAGCUUCGCGUCGCCAUCAUUGGAGGUGCAGAGUCCCAUCUUGUCGCUUCUGAGCUGGCAUCCGCUGGUGUCGGCGUGGUCCUUGCCCCAUUCCAAUCGUACUCUAACACCUGGGACCAGAGACGUUCGCUGACCGGCGCUCCUCUCACAAACGGCACCGCCAUCGACACUCUUAUCGACGCGGGAGUCGUGACCGCCAUCGGAUUGGAGGAGGACUGGCUUAUCCGUGACCUGGGGCUUCUCGCUGGCAUUGCGCAGAAGAAUGGAAAUGGUCGGCUGAGCGAGAAGAGGGCUUUGGACUUGGUUUCCACCAACGUUUACAAGAUCCUGGGCAUCGAAGAGCAGCAGUCCAGGAAGGCUCGCCACUUUGUUGUAUACGAGGGAAGCCCCCUCGAGAUUGGAGGACGAAUCCGCGCCGUUGGCAGUGGCCGUGACACGGUGUCUGUGUUUGUGUAACCGAUUUAACGAUGUUGUGAGGGAGGGAAAAGACCGGUGUCGCUCGGCCUCUUGUGCAGCCCGAAGGACCCAUAAAUCAUCGAAAUCAAGUUCCGAACCGCGCGCGCUCCCCAGGUUUAGAAUUAUUAUUGAUGCGCUCUGCGCCUGUGGCUGCCUCA